AACAAAUUGAUUUUCAACACGAUAACUAUUCAUUUUUUAUUGUGCGUUGCACCGAUCAAAUUAAUUAAAUUCAAGGGUCUUCACAUUAUUUUCCAACAAAGAUAGACCAGAGUCAUCGAUGUUAAAAGUCUUUGUGGUUUUCUUCUUAAAAUAGUCUUCUAUUCAUACAGCAAUAGCUCUUAACAUACUUAGAAUAAAAUAUGAACAAGUGGGGUUGGCGCCAUACCAUUUAGCAUUAUCCUUUUUCUUACAUACAAAUAGGGGCAUCAUUCACAUUCGCACAUAAAUCAUCCAGAAAUUGGUUUGCAAAUUGCACGACCAUGGCUUUCUCUAUCUCACUCUUUUUAUUAGUCCUGCUUUUUUCUUUCCAAUCUUCUUCAUCUUCCCUAUUGUCAUUGAACAAGGGGUCCUCCCUCUCAGUGGAGAAACACGCAGAAGACGUUAUUGUCUCCCCAAAUCAAAUGUUCUGUGCUGGCUUCUUUCAAGUUGGUGAAAAUGCCUUCUCCUUUGCCAUAUGGUUCAACGACCCUCACACUCACAACAACAACCACACCGUGGUUUGGAUGGCAAACCGUGAAACACCCGUUAAUGGAAGGCUAUCAAAGCUUUCCCUCUUAAACAGUGGUAACAUGGUCUUGGUUGGUGCAGGUCAAAUCACUACAUGGUCAUCAAACACAGCAUCAGAUGCUCCAGUAAAGUUGCAUCUCCAAGAUGAUGGCAAUCUUGUGUUACUUGAUCUCCAAGGAACCAUUUUGUGGCAAAGUUUUGAUACCCCAACUGAUACUCUCCUUCCCGGUCAAUUACUUACCAGAUACACACAACUAGUGUCUUCAAGAAGCCAGACUAACCAUUCUCCUGGUUUCUAUAAGAUGCUAUUUGAUGAUGACAACGUUCUUCGUCUUAUUUAUGAUGGUCCUGAUGUCUCAAGCACAUAUUGGCCACCACCAUGGCUACUCAGUUGGCAAGCUGGAAGGUUUAAUUACAACAGCAGCAGAGUUGCAGUGUUAAAUUCUAUUGGAAAUUUCACUUCAUCGGAUAAUUAUGAUUUUUCCACGGAUGAUCAUGGCACGGUGAUGCCAAGAAGAUUAAAACUGGAUUCAGAUGGAAACGCUCGUGUGUACAGUAGAAAUGAGGCUUUAAAGAAAUGGUAUGUUUCAUGGCAAUUCAUAUUUGAUGCAUGCACCAGUCAUGGGAUUUGUGGUGCUAACAGCACUUGCAGUUAUGAUCCUAAAAGGGGACGGAGAUGCUCGUGUUUACCAGGAUACAGAGUGAAGAACCAUAGUGAUUGGUCUUACGGGUGUGAACCCAUGUUUGAUCUUACUUGCAGCAGAAAUGAGUCUAUCUUUUUGGAGAUACAGGGCGUUGAGUUAUAUGGUUAUGAUCACAAUUUUGUCCAAAACAGUACAUACAUAAACUGUGUGAAUUUGUGUUUGCAAGAUUGUAACUGCAAAGGGUUUCAGUACAGAUAUGAUGGUAACCAAAUAUUUAGCUGCUUUACAAAGUCACAGUUGUUGAAUGGAAGGCGUUCACCAAGUUUUAACGGAGCAAUUUACUUGAGGCUGCCAAUCACCAAUAACUUCUCCAAGGAAGAAUCUGUGAGUGCAGAUGAUCAUGUUUGUUCUGUGAAGCUUCACAAAGACUAUGUUAGAAAGCCAGAAAAUCGUUUGGUGAGAUUUUUUCUGUGGCUUGCUACUGCAGUUGGGGCUUUAGAAGUGAUUUUCUUUUUCCUGAUUUGGGGUUUCUUGAUUUGGAACCUCAAAACGUCUAGUGCAGAUCAGCAAGGCUACCAUCUUGCAGCGGUGGGAUUCAGAAAAUAUAGUUAUUUGGAGUUGAAGAAGGCAACAAAGGGGUUCAGCCAAGAGAUUGGAAGAGGUGCAGGAGGGAUUGUGUACAAAGGCAUUUUAUCAGAUCAAAGACAUGUUGCAAUUAAGAGACUCUAUGAUGCUAAGCAAGGAGAAGGAGAAUUCCUUGCUGAAGUGAGCAUCAUUGGAAGGCUCAACCACAUGAAUUUGAUUGAAAUGUGGGGAUAUUGUGCUGAGGGAAAGCAUAGGUUGUUGGUGUAUGAGUACAUGGAGAAUGGUUCUUUGGCACAAAAUCUCUCAUCCAACACACUUGAUUGGAGUAAGAGAUAUAGCAUUGCUCUUGGAACGGCAAGGGUUCUGGCAUAUCUUCAUGAAGAAUGCUUGGAGUGGAUUUUGCACUGUGACAUAAAGCCCCAGAACAUACUUCUUGAUGCUAGUUAUCAGCCCAAGGUAGCAGAUUUUGGCCUGUCCAAGCUACUAAAUAGAAACAACCUCAACAAUUCAAGUUUUUCAAUGAUCAGAGGAACCAGAGGGUAUAUGGCACCUGAGUGGGUUCUGAACUUAGCAAUCACCUCAAAGGUUGAUGUUUACAGUUAUGGAAUUGUUCUAUUGGAGAUGAUAACUGGGAAGAGCCCAACAACAACCGGUGUUCAAAACAUUGAUGGAGAAGAGCCAUACAAUGGAAGGCUGGUAACAUGGGUGAGAGAGAAAAGGAGUGCCACAUCUUGGUUAGAGCACAUCAUUGAUCCUGCAAUUAAGACAAAUUAUGAUGAAUGUAAGAUGAACCUUUUGGCUACAGUUGCUUUGGACUGUGUGGAGGAAGACAAAGAUGUAAGGCCCACCAUGAGCCAUGUGGUAGAAAUGCUACAAAGCCAUGAAAGUGAUCCUCGUAAUAUCAUCAAUGCUUGAUGGUUACAUUUCUUGGUCCUCAUAAUGCUAAUUAAUGGUAUACCUCAUAAUACUAUUAUCAACUCUUGAUGGCUACUUUCGACGUAUCAGGUACUCACCGCAAGGAAGUAGAUUUUACAUUUUAGAAUGCUUCUAUAUAUAUACUUUUUUUUUAAUUCUAUAUUUUUGUCUUUCAUGUGGUGUUUGUAAUUUGUAAAGUUGUUUAAGAUAAAUAAAUUUCCCUUGUUUGAAGUCUUAUGGUUAA